UAUCGAUGCACCCUCCAUUUACAGCAUUGGACUGGUGGUGGAGACAUUUACUCAUCAUCUUGAAGGAUGGCGUCACUGGUAUUGGUUGUAAUCGUGACAUUAGCAUGCAUUCAAGUUCAAGUGAAAGCUUGGUAUUUUAUGGACAGUGAAUGUGGUGAAGUCAUCAGCUUGACAGCUAGUGACCCGGAUGGUGUGUUGUAUACGAGUGCAUCACUCUAUUACGAAGAUAAUAUGAAUUGCAAUGUAACCAUAACAGCUCCAGAGGGCCAGAAGAUUUUACUCAUCUUUGUGAGCUUUGAGGUGGAUACGGGUAGUACGUCAACGUGCUCCGAUGCCGAUGCGCUGUCCAUCUGGGAUGGGAGUCUCGACUCUGGCAGUUGGUUAUCGCCGACAGACGGGUUAUGUGGUGAUCUCCUCAACGUACCAAGCUAUGGUUAUGCCACAUCGACUAAUGAAACUGUCCUCUAUUGGACUACAGACAACAGCGACAAUUCGUAUGGAUUUAUCAUUAAUUUCAAUCUAUAUACAUCGACCCCCUGUGAUGCGACCACGGAGUUUGCAUGUUCCAAUGACAGAUGUAUUCCGAGUGAGUUGAAAAAUAAUUUACGGGACAACUGUGGUGACUUGAGUGACGAACCCGAAGUACUCAGCUUCUUUGGUAAGUUCCUAGCAAUGGGACUGGGAAUUGUGAUUGGAAUUAUCGUCGCCAUCGUCAUAGUCUGCAUUUGCUGUGUAGUUGGCUGCAUCUGCUGCUGUGUCAAGUGCGGUAAAAAGUAGUCUAUCGGGAAACAAAUAAUAUUGAUUUUGUUCUAAUUCAUGACAACGUGCGUUUCCCGUAACUUACGC